AUGAUUUUUUGUACCUAUACAUCUCUAGUAUCAGUAACACAUACAACUGUUGUUGAUGCACCAAUACUAGAAGUUUACUCAUCUCUUUAUCAAAAAUAUGGAACAAAAUUGACCUGUCCUUGCACGAAUAUAGCUAUUGCUCAAAGGGAUUUCAUUACACUGAUUCCGACAUUUCAUCAAGUUUGUUACAGUGAUUUUGUUAAGAAAAGUUGGUUAUCUUAUCUUAAUGCGGCUUCUGAUAAGUAUUUAUCAUCUGACUUUCGCAGUCAAGGAGGUUUGCUUUUUCAAAUACUUGCCUCAUUUUGCCGCCUUUCUCAAGAUACAAUUAAAAACAGUUUAAACAAAUUUUAUUCAACACGUUUUAUAUCGAAUGAUGUGCUAGACGAAGAUUUACUAAAGAACCAAAGUCGAUCACAUAUUGAAACAUAUAAGUCAACAACUGCCAGGGAAUUUGUGAACUCAUUUAAUAAUAUACGUGAUGCAAUUUCUGGAAAUCAACUACUUUCAGGUUUCCUUACUAAUUUCGACUUUAAACCUUCGAAAUACAGCUCAGAACCUCAAGCAUAUCUUGUUUCAUAUGUAUCGACAGUUUAUAAUAUGCCCGGUAGAUGUAAUUGUGAUGACACACCUUCAUGUAUCUUUCCUGCAUCCAUCAAUGAUAACAACACUGGUCAUGUGAUACUCGUCGUUCCAGGUCUCUACACGGGUUGUUUACUUGUCGAAGCAAUGCGUCAAUCAAAUCUUCAAUGUUUAUAUAACCAAACAUGUCUUAAUGAAAUAAAGAAGCAUAUUCGAUCUUCUGUAUCAUUUAAUUCUACAGCACUCAGUAGUUUUGUACCAAGUCGUUACAAUGCAUCAACAGAUAUAAAUCAACUCUUGACCGAGCUCAUGGUAGAAUCAUGGAUCGAAAAUAUUUCUCAUGCUUCUUAUUAUAAUCGAUGCCAGCCAGCCCAUUGUGUUUAUACAAUAGUUGGAAAAAAUAAUGCCAUUUACAUUAUUACUGCAUUACUUAGUCUACUUGGUGGUCUUUGUAAGGUUCUCUACUUUCUUACACUGAUUGUUGUCAAAAUUAUUCGACGGCGACGAGGUAAAAUUGUUUCUAUCAAAUUUUUGGUGGGUAUGAGUGAGAUAUACAGUAUACUCACACUUUAG